AGUGGAUUUAUAAAUAUGCCGAUUUACGUCCCUGGGAUCCACGGAAUGACGUUAAACAAUUCGAAUGCAAUUAUAAAGUAUUAACAAAAACCCGUCACCAAGCGCCUUUGGUUCGUACUACAAGUGUUCUUAGUGGUGAUCAAAUGCAUGUUGUAGUCACUGAUUCAAUACCAAUGCCUGUAAUCACAGCACAACGUAAAGUUAGAAAUAUGAUACAAGCAGAACAAAAUGUUUCGGACUCAAGUCAAUCGAAUGAUGAAGUGGUGUUGAAUGCAGUGACAGAUAAAUCUCUUAAAAGAUUAGCAACAUCAUUGGAUCAAGUCAAUAGAACUUUAGAAGAAAAUUCCCGACAAUUAAGAAUUAUAGAGCUUAAACUUGAACGUAUGGAAUAUGCACCGCCAUUUACGACUUGGAAAAAUCCUACUGAAACGGAUGUAGCAGUUUCGAAACUUAUGCGUGGGCUACCUAGUACAGUACCGCAGUCUUCUGUAGUAAAAGCUGUUGCAUAUGGUGUGAUCAGCGUAAUAUGUUAUGUUAUUCUAAAAUGGUUUUUUAAGUAAAAAAAAAUGUCUAUAUUGCAUGAAAUUUAAUACGCUUCCAUAUGGCUUAUGAAAAAAUAGAACCCUGCCUCAAAGAUAAAUAUGCUCUCAGGUUAUUGAUUACACGGUAUAAUUCACAUUAUAAAAUACGGUUUCAUUGCUUGAUCAUUUUCAAAAUUUAUUACUGUAAUCUAUGACGGCAAACUUUAUAUCCUUUCCACUAUAGAAAGAUUUUUAGUAUUAAAUUAAAAGAGUUUGUAAAUUUCUUUGUAAAAUUAUUUAAUCUAAAAUUAUUUGCAAUAUUUUAUAUAUAAUGCACUAAAUUUGUAGACUUGCUGACAUGUAUCAUUUAAGA